AUGGCUGGCAAAGAAUCAAACGAAGAGGUAUACUGGUAUGUUGAGGUCAGAGAUCCGGGUUUUGUUUGGGAUGAGACAUGUUUCGACUCGAGUGAUAUACAAAACACUCUUUUUCAGCGGACCCUGAGUCUAUGGAUGUCUGGAUUGAAAUAUGGAAGUCUGAGUGCGAGGUUCACGACCGGAAACAAUGACGGCCAGGAGGGUGUCAUCUCCACGUGCAUGGAUGAGAAGUAUUCCCCAGGCCAGGAGCCAGACGAGGAGGCGAGGAAGAAGGGAGAGGAGAAACUGGUGAACGAAAUGGAAAAAUUGUUUAAAGGAGUAUGA